GAGAAAGAAGAAACGAAGAGAGAGAAGAAACGAAGAGAGAGAAAGAUAGAAAGGGAAACUAAAUAGCAGCGAUCCAGCUACACAAAGCCUAGCUCAAUACAAAUCCAUAAACUCACCCAAAUGCACUCAAAUUGAAGGGAAAACGAGGGAAAGGAAGAUUUUUGGGAGAAACCCAGGAAAUUGAAGCUGCGAAGAAACGAGCCCAACAAGUCACUGCACUCGAUUUCUCUGCAAUUCGUCGACUUUGCUAAGUGAUAUUAUUGGGGGUUCAUGCUGUUCCAGAGAAGCGUGGAGUUAUUUAUUUGAGUUUGGUGAUUCGAAGUUUAGGGUUUUGAUUUAUUGUGUCUUUUAUUGAAUUUGGCUUUUCGUGGGGUUUCUUGAUUAAGCAGUGUAGUGAGUUUGAUCUCUAGGGUUUUGGUCUCCCCAAGAUGAGAUUUGGGUAUGCAUUGUAUGGUUUCUGGAUGGGUGAAUUUAGGGAUAUUUGGAAACAAAAAUAGCUAUAUUCUGGUAGGAAGAUUGGAACUUUGCAGUGCUAAUGGGAUUUGGUUUUACUGUUUGAAUCUCAAUUAUGCAAAGAUUGAGAGGUUGAUUUACAUUGGAUGGUAUGUGGAUUAGUGGACUUGGAGUUGUUUGGUGGUGCGGAUAACAGCAGUUUGAGCCAUUAUUGGGAAUUGGGAUUUCAGGGGUACUGCAAUUCUGUGAAUGGUGUAGGAAUCUGGUGAUUGAGAAAUGCAACCUCAACAGGGCUCCAGAAUUGAUUUAGGUGACUUGAAAGCUCAGAUGGUAAAGAAGAUUGGGCCUGAGAGGUCGAAGAAGUACUUUUAUUAUUUGAGCAGGUUUUUAAGUCAGAAGCUUAGCAAGAAUGAUUUUGAUAAGUUAUGUUUUCAUGUCCUUGGAAGGGAAAAUCUCCCACUGCAUAAUCAGUUGAUACACUCAAUCUUGAAGAAUGCUUGUCAAGCUAAAACCCCUCCACCAGUUCAUGAAGCUGAUCCCGCAAAAUCUUUGCUACAAACUGCAAAAGGUUCUCCUGUUAGAGAAGAUGGGCAUGAACAACUUGGAUCUCUCAUCCCUAAUCAGAAUCAAAAUUUACCUGUUUGGUCAAAUGGUGUUUUGCAAGUGUCCCCACGGAAGAGUAGGUCUGGCACACGGAAACUCAAGGAUAGGCCCAGUCCACUUGGUCCAAAUGGGAAGAUUGAAAGUGUCUCUCAUCAAGCAAUGGGUGCAGAAGACAAUGUUAAUAAAAUGAUUGUGGAAAAUGGGGCUUUGCCACUGUAUGAAUAUCAAAGACCUAUGCAGCAUCUUCCACCUGUUGCUGAACGGCCUGAAAUUGAAAGGGAGGGUUUGGUGCGACCAACAGAAAAGUUUAGAUUACCUAGUAAGGAUCAGAUUGGAGGAGCUGACAUUGAAGGAGCAGAGGAGGUGGAGCAGGCUAACGACUUUAAUAUCUCUAGAAGUCCUUUGCUUGCUCCACUUGGGAUUCCUUCAUGUUCAGCCAGUAUAGGUGGGUCCCGCAAAGCCAUACCCGUCACAGGUGGUGGUGAUUUUAUCAACUUUUAUGAUAGCAGUGGGUUGUCUGACACAGAGACAUUGAGGAAACGUAUGGAGCAGAUAGCAGUAGCACAGGGUGUUGGAGGGGUUUCAAUGGAAUGUGCUAACAUUUUGAAUAAUAUGUUGGACGUAUACUUGAAGAGAUUGAUCAGAUCAUGCGUUGAGUUGGUGGGAUCAAGGUCUAAACAUGAGCCAGGAAAGUACCCUGUACACAAGCAGCAGCUUCAAGGGAAGGUUGUCAAUGGCAUGUGGCCAAAUAAUCACUUGCAUAUGCAGAGUAAUGGUAGCCCUGUGGAUGUUAUGCAGGGACAAAGACCAUGGUGCUCAAUAUCUGUGCUUGAUUUCAAAGUUGCCAUGGAGCUAAAUCCUCAGCAGCUUGGUGAAGAUUGGCCUUUGCUGCUGGAAAAAAUUUGCAUGCAGUCAUUUGAAGAAUGAAAAUUGAAAAGUUGUAUAAAGAUUUGUUUCUCCCAAAGCUUUGGUUGGCUUAGUCUAUCCUGGUUCAGAGUGCUUCAAAACUGCUGCAAGAAUUCAUGAUGCACCUAUUCUUUUCUAUCACCAGGAUGAACUGGAUAGCUGCCACUCAGAAAGAACUCCACGCGUCACAGGAUGAAAAACAUCUUUGAGCAUCAAGAUGUCUGUACUUGCCUGCUGCAGAGCCCGGAUGGAUCUGAGAAUUAUACUACAGAGACCAAUCAAGGGUACUGUCAAAUAUAGAAUGCCCACAACUGGUUGAUUUGUUGUAAGAUUAGUCCUAAUGUUGGCUGCCUCUCCCAUCACUACAGAUUUCAAGCUUUUCUUGUACUUGCAGCCAAUGAGGAGGGAAUCUAAAACAGUUUUGCAAGGAUACUGUUUUGUAGCUUGGUGAAAGGUUCCUGUUGUUCAUCUUCCUCCUGCCCCUGGUUUAGAGUUUAAGCAAGUCUUCUCUGCUGUAUCAGGAAAAGGGAUAAUAUAUUAGUUUUUGUUAAUUUUAGCUUUCUUUUUAUUAUGUUCAUGAUAUACGUGAAUGGUGACUUAUAAUCAAUAAAAUCGGAUGUUGUCG